AUGCCGUGGUUACCGACUCUCGACCAGCUCCUGUUAUACCGCCCCCCAGAAAAGCGAACCUGGCUUGUACGGAAUGCAGAAAGCGAAGAACUAGGCAAGGAUUGUGUGAUGGAUAAAGAAAGUGAUGGCCGCCGAAAGCUCUUUUCUAAACGCAAGAUUGAGUCACUUGAACAAGACAGGGCCUUGUUCAUCCGACUAGUUGAGAAGAUUCGAGAUAGCGAUCGAAAAGAUCUCGAUGAAACUAUCGAGUUUAUUCGAGGAGGUGCUUCGUUAACCUCCCUCAAAUCGUAUCUCCUAGAUGAUCGCUCCAUAGAUCUCGCAUGCGACACGCCAGCGAAUAGAGAUGAGGCCAUCACGGAUAACAGGCGUGACUUGAAGGCAAACGGUCGUCAGGCUUAUUUGGAUGUUGCGAAUAUUAUUGAAUGA